CAGAGAGAGAAAGAGAGAGAGAGACAGAGGGGAGGGGUGAGCGAACAUAAGAGGUAAAAAAGCGAAUGAGGAGAGCAGCAGCACACCGAUCAGUCACUCUCCGCUAGUGCACCGACCCUGAGAAACACCACCCGGUCAUUAGAUCGCCCGUGAUUCUGCUAUGCGCAUCGGACGAGGAGACGCCACUUGCGCUUCGGUUUUGGACUGGUGUUAAAGCUUUAACUGUGCAUCACUGGACAGGAUGGAGCAUUGGAGACAGUGUGCGUUAUGGCUGAUCAAUUGUAAGGUUUUGCCACCGAACCAUCGGGUGACAUGGGAGUCCGCUCAGGUGUUCGACCUGGCGCAGACCCUGAGGGAUGGGGUCCUCCUGUGCCAGCUCCUCAACAACCUGAGACCCCAGUCCAUCAACCUGAGGGAGAUCAACCUGAGACCUCAGAUGUCACAGUUUCUCUGCUUGAAGAACAUCAGGACAUUUCUGCAUGCCUGCUCAGAGAUAUUCGGCAUGAAGAAGAGCGAGCUGUUCGAGGCUUUCGAUUUGUUUGACGUUCGAGAUUUCGGAAAGGUUAUGGAAACGCUGUCCAAACUCUCUCAUACACACAUUGCACAGCAGACUGGAAUAAGGCCGUUUCCCACAGAAGAGAGUGUUGACGAUGAAGACAUUUAUAACCAUCUAGAGGAUCUGAUAGAUGAGAACGGCGUUGAAGAUGAGGAAGAUCUCUAUGACUGUGUGUACGAUGAUGAUGAGGGAGGAGAAGUGUAUGAAGACCUGAUGAAGGUCGAGCUGGUACAACCGCAGAAACAGGCCGAGACGGACAUCCGAAGCUGUUGUCUGAUGGAAAUCAAACAGACCGAGGAGAAAUACACAGAGACGCUGGACUCCAUCGAGAAGUUCUUUAUGAAGCCUCUGGGACAGUCACUGUCCAGUGUGGAGAUCGAAAAAGUGUUUGUCAAUAUACCAGACCUUGUGAAAGUGCACGUGAGUCUUCUGAGGGAAGUCCAGGAUUCAGUGCUCAUGCAUAAUGCCAGCAACCUGUAUCAGAUCUUUAUAAAAUACAAAGAAAGGUUAGUCCUGUAUGGGAAGUACUGCAGUCAAGUAGAAACAGCCAUUGCAUGUUUGGAUGACAUCUGUAAGAACAGAGAGGACGUCAGGCAGAUGUUAGAGUUAUGUUCCAAGCGGGCCAAUAACGGGAAGUUUACUCUGAGAGAUCUGCUGGUGGUCCCGAUGCAGAGAGUUCUCAAGUAUCAUCUGCUUCUACAGGAACUGGUGAAACACACCCAUGAUGCCACAGAAAAGAGUAAUUUACGGCAGGCGCUGGAUGCCAUGAAGGAUCUGGCUCAGUAUGUCAACGAGGUGAAGAGAGACAUCGAGACUCUACGAGACAUCGACCAAUACCAGAAAUCUAUAGAAAACCUUAAUCAGUCUCUCCGUAACUAUGGGAGACCAAAAGGUGACAGCGAAGUGCGGGUAGCUUCAGUUGACAAACGAGCCAAACAAGACAGGCACAUCUUCCUGUUUGAUUCUGCCGUGAUCGUAUGCAAACGACGAGGAGAUAACUACGAGAUGAAGGAGGUGAUUGACCUCCACUCCUUCAAGAUCACCAACAACCCUACCUCAGAAAGAGAAAACCGAAAGUGGUGCCACGGAUUCUACCUCACACACAACCAGGGUCAGAGCGGCUUUGAGUUCUUCUUUAAAACCAAGGAACUAAAGAAGAAAUGGCUGGAGCAGUUUGGCAUGGCAUUAUCGAACAUCUGUCCAGAGAGCGGGAAAAGUAAUUUCCAUGAGUUCCGCAUGCACACCUUUGAGACGACCACAUCCUGCAGCUCGUGUGAAAUGCUGCUGAGAGGAGUCUUCUAUCAAGGGUACCGCUGCUACAAAUGUGGUGCUGGCGCCCAUAAGGAGUGUCUUGGUAGGGUGAAUGUCUGUGCCAAAAGCAGUGCCGGUGAGCCCCGCAUUCAACACCACAUACUCUUUCUAGUAAUUUCUGUGCAUAGACAUCCAGGUCUACCUAAGAUGCAGGUCAUCCAUAAUUAUUAUGGGGUUCCGAGCCCCCUGUGCGGCCCACCGCUUAACAUCCAAGUUGGUGAUGUCAUUGAGGUGAUAGAGGCAAACAUCCGUAGCUGUUGGUGGAAGGGUAAAGUCCUGGCAACUAAGGAGGUUGGCUUCUUUCCAAGCAACGCAGUGAAGCCUUGCCCAUGUGUACCAAAACCUGUUGACUACUCUUCUCAGCCUUGGUUCGCAGGCCCAAUGGAGAGGGUUCAGGCAGAGGCCACGCUGCUCAACAGGAGGAGCAGCACGUACCUGGUCCGUCACAGAAGCCGAGAGUUUAACGAAUAUGCCAUAAGCAUCAAGUACAACAACGACGUGAAACACAUCAAGAUCUUAACAAAGGACGGACUCUACCACAUUGCAGAAAUCAGGAAGUUCAGAAGCAUUUUAGAGCUGAUCGAGUAUUACAAACAUCACUCUCUGCGGGAAGGAUUCAGGACACUUGAUACCACGCUGCUGUUCGCCUACCGAGAGCCGGAGAAUGGAGCCAACACCCCGCUGCUCUGCGGGCUGUCUUUUCUAACUCCCGCGGGCUACAGCUUUGUCCCCCCCUCUUCCGCCCCAUUCUGGUCAGUGUUCACUCCUAAGGUGAUGGGUGUGGCGAUUGCCCGCUACGACUUCAGCUCUCGGGACACGCGGGAACUGACUCUUCAGGAGGGCGAUGUGGUGAAGAUCUACAGCAAAACUGGAGCCAAUGGCUGGUGGAGGGGUGAAGUUAAUGGACGGGUGGGCUGGUUCCCCUCCACAUACGUAGAAGAAGGCGAGGAGUGAACGGCUCAGAGAAAGGAAACGGGGUGAAAAAAGCAGACGGACUGAUUCAGAAAAAGGGCAAGCAAUUGUCUGGUGCUCUCGCUCUCUCUGUGUCUUGUUUGUCUUAUCCUGGAGGACGUGCAUGGUGUUUGAUAGAUGAAGGACUGUCUCUCAGGGAGCAGAUUAUCAAACACAACCCCAGACCGCAUCUUCAAAGACCCUUCCGGGCGCCUGGAUGGAGCGUCGCGGGUAAAUCCGGGCCUGAGAUGGAAUGCACGGAAUCAGACUGAGGUGACGCCGUGAGCUAGUUCUGUCUGUGCGUGUGGCAGUUUGUCUGCUCAUGGGGAAACAUGCUUGUCCUGACCUUGCCUGAGUCCUCCUUACCUGCACUAUUAUUGAUGACGCCCCCUUCCCCGUGUCUGCACUGCCCCGGAGGUGUUCUCACACACGGCCCACAAUCCCACCCAGCUAUUCAUCUCCGAUUAAGAUCAUAGCUCCCUGCCGUGUAAGCUGCGGUAAUUGAUUGCUGUCUCUUCCCCGUUUCUAUCCAACAAAAAUCUCUUAUUGUCAGAUUUCCACUUGAAAGGAAGGACUGGUUGUUUUGUGUGUCGCUUGCUUAUCUCCAGAGAUAUAUUGUGGGCUUGUCAUGCCCUGUUUAUCUGAUUUGCACGGUACUGCGUCGUCAGAGACACGCAGCAAGAUGUUGACAGGAAACAAAAGGGGUGGCAGUGACAGGCCUGUAAACAGCUUUUUCAGCAGGGGCCCACAGCCCCUAAAGCAUUGUGACACACCAUAGAAAAAGGAUCUUGCUAGAUAGCGUCGACAGUGCCUUCUCAAUCAACUAAUGAGUGGGAUUUAAAACCAACUGAAAAACAAUGAGCAAUUCAAUUCUGCUUGAGUGGAUCAGAAACCUUAAAUGUGUCUCUGAUGAUGUGCAAACUAGUGGUUGACCGAUAUCGAAAUUGCAGGGUGACCAAUGUAAUAUUAUGAUAUUACAUAUAAAAAUGUAAGAUAUUGAUCAUUAAAAUGAAAUUUUUUUUUUAAAUUCAAAAUCCACUUAAAUUAAGGGAAACUGACACAAGAGGAACAUACAAUUAAUGUUAUUCCAAAGGAUGCUGUUAUUUGACAUUAUCAGUCGAUAAGUCAGUCCCUCCAGAAAAACGCGAUUAUGCGAUCGCCUGAUUUAAUGCAUAAUCAGCCAAAGGUCGCAUAUUUAUGCCGGUUCGCAUUUUCUCAAAUACGCUGCUCUUUUGCCGCAUAAAUUGCCGAUUUCAGAAAGCAAAAUAUUCGGGGCUAGCAUGAUUUCAUAAUCCCUGUAUUUUCGUUGCAAAAGACUCGCAUAUAUAUUAGCAGAAAGUUGAAAAAUGUUGCGUUUACUUCACACAAGUAAAGCGCCAUUUUCCCCCUAUUGCCAUGGGAACCUUAUGAAGUGACGUAAUUACGUGAUGUGAACAUCAUCUGCAAACCCUGCGGUGAAAUCAGGGUGAAACUUCUUAUUUGCCAACAAAAAUAAGCGCAAAAGAACUCGCGAAGCAGUUUUCCGAUUUGUUACAUGACAGUGGAGCCAAAUUAUAUCGCGAGAACUUGCG